AUGUUGAAGUCGAUACUGUCAUUAUGGCUGUUAUCGCUGGUAUGCGGGAUGACAUGGGCACAGGAUAACAAUAACCGCUUCACACCGCCUGGCUUUGAAAACACAAGUACGGAAUCGAAGACGAGCACGAGAACGAAGACAACAGCGACAGAUGCUGCAAACUCGCAAGAUGCAGCAGACAACACGGCGACAUCCACGGCCACCACAGAUGUACCUGCGAGGCAGUCCAACGUGCAAGCCCAAGCUACAACAAGCGUCAACACGGCUGUUCAGAAUGUCGGAGGAGCAGGAGGGGAGGGUGCUUCGGACAGCCUGGCGUCCACAACGACUCCGGCGGGCUUGACCACGACGAUAUCUGGAUCACGAACUACGGGAGGAGCGGUGACGAUCCAGCCAGACUCGCAAACAUCAUCCGACGAUGGCUCAGCACCUCUCACAGCGGAUGCACAAGACUCAGAAGGAAGCAGCAACUCGAGGACCGUUGGGCUGGGUGUCGGCUUGGGCGUGGGCAUUCCUCUCAUCAUCGCAGUAGCCGGUCUCGUCUUCUUCCUCCGCCGCCGCAAAUUGAGUCGGAACUACCGCUCGAGCGGCGCCUCUGCUGCCCAUCUCCGCGAACAACCGGCGAUGGCUUCGGGAGCUCCAGCAUUGGCUGGCAUGUCAGAGAUGGGACGCUCGCCAUCGAAGUGGACGCUGCCACGCACGCCUUCGCAGCACUCCCUCGUUGCAAUGCCCGAGCCGGCCGCCGAACCACCCAUGCAGUCACCGCCACAACAGCAACAUUCAAUGGCUCGAGGACCAUCUCAACACGCCGCCCGCCCAAGCUACCCGGAACACGAGAACCUGAUGCCCCAGCCACCUCCCUACGAAGACGCGCCCUCACCGCUGGAAGAGCAUGGACGCGGUGACAUCUCGCCUGUAUCGCCCAUAUCGCCUGCGAGCAGUAGGCCGCCUUCACCGUUGAACGAUCAUGAGCGAUGA